CGAACAGUCGUCUCGCGUCGCGGAUACGCGUCGCACGCCGCGCAAAGGAUAUCCCGAACCUGGGGAGAGAAUCCUCCCAAAGAUACGCGCUCACCUGCGCUUUCUUUCUCUCUCUCUCUCUCUCUCUCUCUCUCUCUCUCUCUCUGUCUGUCUGUCUGUCUGUCUGUUUCUCUCUUUCAUUCUAUUUAUCUCUUUCUCUUUUUUUAUCCUUUCUCUCUGUUACUCUCUUUUACGCUUCUCGAUCCAUCCAUCCAUCAAUCUACCCAUUCGUCUGCUUGCUUUAACCCUCUUUACUAUAAUCGAAUCAAAAUUGGACUUGGCCGAGAGAGAGCUAGCGUUUUCCAUCCACUUCUUUCUCUUCCACGACAAACUCGAGGUCACUUCAUCGAGAGGAUGCGCGUCCUAUCGACGGUGGAUCGACGCCUCGAAAACUCGGAAGAACGGUUGAUGCAUCGUGCAAAGUUGAAUCUUGAAAUGAAAGUUUAAUCGAGAUCGUCGCGGCUUCUCGUUCCCACGGCAACGCGUAGCUCUCUCGACGAACUGCACGAUGCCGAGAGCUUGAUAGAAAGCGACAGUAUCUGGAAGAGGACCGUCGGGAACGCGGCUCUGCGUUCGUCGUUGUCGAGUGAAGCAGAGGCGAGGAUUAAAUCUCAUCGAGAUCAAGAUCUUACGAGGACUGACAAAUUUGAAAUAUCUCGACGAGAUCGGAUUAGGAGAUAUCAAUUCUUAGAACGUUGUAAGUAAUACCACGUAUCUUUAUCUUGGGCUUAUUUAUUUUCCAUUAUCCUUAUAGCGAUGCAUCAUGUUUGUUAUCUAAAAGAUCCUUUCUAUAAACUUUGACGAGCUCUUUUAUCGAGAUAAAAUGUCGCGUUGUGAGAUCGAGCGAGGAAAUGGUUCAAAGGGUUCUAUAUUUUUCUUCGUCAACAAUUUUAUUCAACUUCGAAUCGAAUUUAUAUAAAAUAUUGGCUGUUCGCGUUUGUCCGACAGUGUCCAUUGUUCUUCCUUGCAAACGACAUCCUUGUUCCAUUGAAUCUCUCUGUUCUCGCACGAAAUUUCACGCUGUCCAAACGAUCGAAUUGAUCAUCGUACGAGCCAUCCGAAUUAAUUCUGACAUGAGAGACGAACCACUUGGAAAAAGAACACCGUGGAUGCAGCCUGGAAUAGGAGUAGGUGGUGGAGGAGGAGGAGGAGGAGGAGGAGGAGGAUGUAGAGGAGGAGGAGGAAGAGGAGGAGGCGGUGGCACGGCCCACGUGGCUGGAACAGCCGACGAUGAGGCUCCGAAAGAUCCAGGCGCCCGCAUUACCCACCAAUCCUACACCGAAAAGGAUUAUGAAGGUCACCGAGCACAUACGGUCUAUGUGGGCGUACAUUUACCCGGCGAGAGAAGACAUCGUCGACACCAUAAACACCAUCAUUCUCAACGGCAAUCGUAUGGUGAUACUAAAGAGGAUAUCGACAACGAAAGACCUAGACAAUUGGUGAUGACGCGCAGGGCUCGUCUCGCGAGCAUUUGCGACCCCGACGGCGAGAUGAUAUUCACGCCGCCGGCUCAGAGAGUGCAAUUUAUUCUUGGCGAGGAAGUCGGGAACGAUGCUCACGAAUCGCAUCCUCUCUUUUCCGAGAUGGAAGAACUCGUCAAGGAUGGAGAUGAAAUGGAGUGGAAGGAAACCGCGAGAUGGAUCAAGUUCGAGGAAGACGUUGAGGAAGGUGGAAACAGAUGGAGUAAACCGCACGUAGCAACGUUAUCGUUACAUUCGCUCUUCGAACUGAGAAGUUUACUUUUGAAUGGUACCGUGAUGCUCGACAUGGAGGCCAAUAGUCUCGAGCAGAUAGCCGAUCUCGUUCUAGAUAAUAUGAUCAACAAAGGUGCACUGCCGAUCGAGUCACGGGAAAAGGUAAGAGAAGCUCUUCUAGUGAGACAUCGACAUCAGCACGAGAGACGUAAGGACAACAACAUGUCGAGAUUACCGAUCAUAAGAUCUUUGGCAGAGAUUGGACGUAAUCAUUCGUCAUCAAAGAAAUACGGCUGUACAUGUGGUAUGCAUGCCUUGUUGACGUCAGAUUUGCAGGAGCGUCGCGACGUCGGGGACGCCUAUGCGCCCACCGUCGGCCGCAGCAGCAGUUGUCCAAAUUCGAAUACGGCCCUACUUUCGAAAGAGACGAAAGAUCUGAAAGGGCCAUACCUUCUGGUACCAGCCGAAAUUGGCAUACCCCACGUGGUGGGAUUUACGGCGUGGUUCGCCAUGUGUCAGCUAAAAGUGGAGGAAUCGAAUUCCGCCCCGGCGAUCGCCGGUGCAACAAGUCAGGCCGGUGGAGCAGCGAUGAAUGCUGGCGGCCGCUUCCUUGCCAUUCCCGGCAAUCCCGGUCAAGAACCAGGUGCCAAUGGGAUUGAUCGAAGUCCGAGCAGCGUUUCGAUCAGCAGAAAUCAUAGUUCUUCCGCUUUGGAAAACGGAGAUGCCAAUCAUAGGGGUAACACGCAUUUCAUGAGAAAGAUACCGGCUGGUGCCGAAGCGAGCAACAUUCUCGUGGGUGAGGUCGAUUUUCUAGAUAAGACCCUGUCCGCCUUCAUACGACUCAGUCAAGCAGGAAUAAUGGGUGAUCUAACGGAGGUACCGGUGCCAACGAGAUUCAUCUUCGUUCUUUUAGGACCUAUGGGUGGAAUUUCGGGUUUCCACGAAAUUGGACGGGCAAUGGCGACCCUAAUGUCCGACGAGGUCUUCCACGAUGUCGCAUACAAGGCCAAAAAUAGGAAUCACCUUCUCGCGGGUAUCGAUGAAUUUUUAGACGCAGUGACCGUCUUGCCUCCGGGCGAAUGGGAUCCUACCAUCAGGAUAGAACCACCGGCUGCCAUACCGUCGCAAGACGUAAGGAAAAGGCCAAAGGAGGAAAAGCCAAAGGAAGAUGCCGAUGAGGAGGCCGACGAACAGAAACUGAGAGAAGAAUCCGGUUUAUCCAGAACGGGAAGGCUUUUCGGUGGUUUGAUAAACGACGUGAAAAGAAAGGCGCCAUUCUACUUUUCCGAUUUCAAAGACGCGCUGGCUCUACAAUGCGUCGCAUCCUUCAUUUUCUUAUACUUUGCCUGUCUCUCGCCCAUCAUAACCUUCGGUGGUCUUCUGAGCGAGGCCACGGGAAAGAACAUGGCCGCGAUGGAAUCGUUGGUAUCCGGAUUCGUUUGCGGCCUUGGAUAUGGACUCUUCUCGGGACAACCGCUAACUAUUUUAGGAUCAACCGGACCGGUCUUAGUCUUCGAGACGAUCGUCUAUGAAUUUUGCAAGCAAUCCGAUUGGAAUUACAUGUCCUUUCGCUUUUGGAUCGGUACGUGGACGACCCUCAUUUUGUUAACACUCGUAGCCCUUGACGCGAGCGCCUUCGUCUGCUACAUAACCCGAUUUACCGAAGAAAAUUUCGCCACUCUCAUCGCUUUCAUUUUUAUUUACAAGGCUGUGGAAAACGUCCUCUCGAUCGGCAAAAAGUAUCCUAUAAAUACUCACGCCAACGAUCCUUUGGUUUUCGAAUGCUGGUGCAAACCACCGAACGAUAGCUCCUCCUAUGGCUUCGAGAACGUAAAUUGGACGACGCUGGAUCGGACAACGUGUCAGAAUUACAACGGCACGCUUAUAGGAGAGGGUUGUAACGUACCGCAAUACGUACCCGAUGUGUUCCUCAUGUCAAUUAUCCUAUUCAUGGGCACCUUCUUGUUAUCCAUCGAGAUGAAGGACUUUAAGAAUGCUCUUUUCUUUCCAUCGAAGGUCAGACAAGUGUUGAGCGAUUUUGCCGUUAUAAUCGCGAUCUUCUCGAUGUCCUUGUUGGAUCACUUCGUGGGUAUCCCGACGCCAAAGUUAGAAGUACCUGAAGAAUUCAAGCCGACCCUGGAAGGCCGGGGAUGGAUGAUUUGGCCUUUUCAGAAUAAUCCAUGGUGGAGCGCCAUCGUGGCUAUUCUACCCGCUCUCUUGGGCACUAUACUGAUCUUUAUGGAUCAGCAGAUAACGGCGGUGAUCGUUAAUAGGAAAGAAAAUAAGUUGAAGAAAGGAUGCGGCUAUCAUCUGGACCUGUUUAUCCUGGCAAUACUGAUAGAGGUCUGUUCGAUUAUGGGCUUACCGUGGUUCGUGGCGGCUACCGUGCUUUCGAUAAAUCACGUGAACUCGUUGAAAUUGGAAUCGGAAUGCGCAGCGCCAGGCGAGAAGCCACAAUUUUUAGGCGUUCGAGAGCAAAGAGCUACGCACAUACUGAUCUUUCUCAUGAUCGGCUGUUCCGUUCUCCUGACGCCGAUGCUCAGGCACAUACCGAUGCCAGUACUAUUCGGCGUCUUCCUUUAUAUGGGUGUGGCGUCACUAAAGGGACUCCAAUUCUUCGAUAGAAUACUCAUCAUGCUUAUGCCGGUCAAGUAUCAGCCCGACUACAUGUUCCUUCGGCAGGUGCCGUUAAAACGCGUCCACGUAUUCACAGCGAUACAACUGACUUGUCUGGCCUGUCUAUGGAUCAUCAAGUCGUUUAGCACUACCUCUAUUCUAUUUCCAUUGAUGCUCGUAGUGAUGAUCGGCAUUCGCAAGUCCCUCGACUUGAUCUUCACUCAGCGAGAAUUGAAGAUACUCGACGACGUGAUGCCGGAACCGAGCAAGAAGCACGCCGACGAUCUUCGCCAAUUGGAGAGCGGCGAGGAACAUCAGAAUUAUCCUAUCGGUUAUGGAGCACCGGAUAACAUUCAAAUAUCUUUGGCAAAUGGAAAUAUUAUGAAGAUUCCAUUGGCGAGCAUCAAUAUCAGCGAGGAAGUCAAUAAAAGUGGGAUUUGGCAACAAGUUAAUGAGAGUAACGAGAAGCAGAAACAACCGAAAUUAAUAAACGUAAGCAAAUCGAAGAAGCAUCCCAAGAAGGAAGGCUCGUUGCUGGUCGACGAAACGACAAGGCUGACGACGAUGACGGAGGAAGACGAAGAUGACAAUGGCAUAUCGAUCAAGGUAGAUCUUAUACGAUCGAAAGAGAGUAUCAUCGGCCCAUUGAAAGUAAAUGGCACUACGUCGGCAGAGACAUCCGUUUAACGAGUACGAUAUCCUACGAGAUAUCGUCUCCAAUUCAAAAAGUGACUUUUUAUAUGAAACGAUUAGAUUAGACAAAAAUCUUAGUUACAUUAAAUACCGUUCCACACAGUAUAUAUAUAUACAUAUAUAUGCAUAGUACGAUGGACCUCGCGAUCUUAACUGAAAUUGCCUUUAUUUAACAAACAAUAAAAAAAGAUCAAAAUGAUUUUAAGAACGUCGAUCAUCAUACAAUCGUACGUUAUUAGAAGGUAUAAGUUUCUUUUAUACGAGGCAUUACUUUCGGAGAAAUUUUUUCAUGCAACGUUGUCAUUUGUCAUUAACAAAAGCCAAGGAAUUUAGAAUCGUUUCGAUAAACAUUUAACAUUUUUGCAAUAGCAUUUAUUACGUGUUUCGAGUAUUUCAAAAGAUAGAAAGCGGAUAGAGGAUCGUUCGCAUUAUUCAUUGUAUACAAAUACAUGCAUACGAUAUAUACACAUAUGCAGGUACUAUAGUAUAUACAUACAUACAUACAUACAUACACACAUACACAUAAUACGUUGAGAAACCGACAAUACUUACGCUUCUUUUCGUGCUAUAUCACGAUAAGAUAGUAUCGAAGUUGGUCGAGAUUAGAUUGGUUGAAGAAUAUUAUGCUGAAGUAAAAUCCAAAGAAAGUAAAGCAAACUAUUAGGAAAUAACGAGAAAGCGACAGAUACUUGUUUUAAUCGUUAGUUAGUACGAAUAAGGUGUUUAGUCGAUAAAUCGAUCGAUGAUCCAACGUACCGAUUAACGUAUUAAGUAUUCACAUUUUAGAGGCUUAGCAAAUUUUACGACUAAGAGAUUGAAUGUAUAUAGUAUAUAUGUACGAAUAAAAAAAGAAAAAAAAGAAAAAAAAAAACAAAAAAAAAGUAAAUAAAUAAAUAAACAAAAAAGAAGCAAAAGAAAAAAAAUUGAGAGAAGGGAUACUGUAUAAACAUGAGACGUUUAAAGUUUAGGCGAAUGCUAUUCAAUCGAUGUAUUCAUAUCUCUGUCGUAAUUAUUUAUAAAUUCUGUUCUGAAUAAUGAAAGAGACGAAUUCUGAUUUGUUCCUCCCUCAUCGUUUAUCCACGAUACUUGUCCCGACAUGAAUAAAUUUAUACGUACAAUUUUU